AAAACCGCAACGGUCUCUCUAGCGCGCGCCCUCUUCCUCUUCUCUUUCUUCUUUUUAUUUUCGAAUUAAUCGAAUCCCUCCCUCCUCCCACCCCCCCCAAAAAUGGCGCCCAUCUCCUCUUCUUCUUAUACAAACCCCUUCAACUCACUCAUAUCUCUGUCUCCUCUUCCUCCUCUUCCGCCUCCUCCUCCUCCUCCCCCCUUCCUAUCUAACCCUAACCCUAGCCGAGCCUUAGCUGCUAGGGUUUAGACGAAGGGAGGAGUCGCCAUGGCCGGCAAGGAGAACCUCGCCCCGCGCCACACCCGCGCCGCAGCGAAACGCGUAGCCUCGGCCUCCUCCGCGGCGAACAAUCCCCCGGCGAAGAAGAAGCGCGUGGCGUUGAGCGAGCUCCCCACGCUCUCCAAUGCCAUCGUCCGAAACCCUUCCCCAGAUCCCCUCGCCGCCCCUUCCAAGCCCAAGCAGAGAUCCAGGAAGGGGGAGCAGGAGAAGGUGGUGGUGGUAGCUGUUGAUGAGAAGAGGCCCCCCUUGGAGCUCUCCAAUGGCGCCGAGUCGGAGAUCGAUGACCUGCAGAUGUGCUCGCCAUAUGUUUGUGAUAUUUACCAGUACCUCCGAUCCAUGGAGGUUGGUGUUUGAGCUUCUGACUUUGCUGAGACGGUUCAGAAGGAUGUUACUGCUAAUAUGAGGGGGAUUUUGGUGGAUUGGUUGGUUGAAGUGGCGGAGGAGUACAAGCUUGUCUCAGAUACUCUUUUCCUCACUAUAUCAUAUAUAGAUAGAUUCCUAUCCUUCAAUUCUAUUAAUAGGCAGAAGCUGCAGCUUCUCGGGGUGUCUUCGAUGCUCAUUGCCUCGAAAUAUGAAGAGAUAAGCCCUCCUCAUGUGGAGGACUUUUGCUACAUUACAGACAAUACUUACACAAAGCAAGAGGUAGUGAAAAUGGAGAGUGACAUACUAAACUUCCUCAAAUUUGAGAUGGGAAAUCCUACCACUAAAAUUUUUCUGAGGCGAUUUGUAAAAAUGGGUCAAGAGGAUAACAAGUACUCGAAUCUACUAUUGGAAUUUCUUGGAAGUUUCCUUGCCGAGUUAAGUCUCCUGGAUUAUGGCUGUGUUCGGUUCUUACCGUCAAUUGUUGCUGCGUCGGCUGUUUUUCUUGCACGGUUCACCAUCGACCCAAAAUGCCAUCCUUGGAGCAAACAGAUGGAGCAGUGUACUGGGUAUACGGUGUGUGAGUUGAAGGAUUGUAUCCAAGCUAUGCAUGAUUUACAGUUGAAUAGAAAAGGAUCUAAUUUGGUGGCUAUCAGGGAAAAGUACAAGCAACAUAGGUUCAAGUGCGUGUCGAGCUUGCUCUCUCCUCAAGAGAUACCUGCAUUAUACUUUGAUAACUUUAAAGGUUAGCCUUUUGGAAGAUUAUUAGAUGUAUCGUCCCAACCACUGAUUACUAAUUGAGGCUUAGUAGCUUUGCACUUGCGGAAAGUGCAAUCCCAAAUCACCUGGCUGAGGAGAUUGAAGCCCUUUGGAGCGCCGAAGCUUGGAGAAAGUAAAUAUGCAAAAUUGGUCUGCUGUUGAAAGGACCUGACAAAGCUUACCAGGGCCAUUGCUUGUACUUGUUCGAAGAAAUUGUCAUUCUCAAUUUUGAGAAGAGGUGGUUUUGGAAUUAUGAAUAUCAUGAUCAGAAUAUGUUGUCAUCAAAA